ACCAAGGAACAGUUGUGGAUUUUCGUCCCUUGUUUUCGUAUAUUUCUGAACAAAUAACGCAAUCCAUGGGUCACCUUCCAAAAUUCAACACCUUUCCUACAUAGUUUGGCACGAAGUGGCUACUUGCUGCAUCCAAGAAUCAACCCUUCGGAUUUCCCGAUUUUCUCCAGACAAAAUGUCAAUAACUGCCAUAAAAUCUCUACCCCAAACAUUUCUGUCAAUGCUCUUUCGAUUGGCUCUGGGUAUUUUUGCGAUAGUGAGCAUAGAUCAUCAUCAUCAUCAUCACGUAUUUCUUUAGAAAUCAAGAAAAUGAACGACUCAUCUUGGUUUACAAUUCUCAAGACUUCACAUAAAAACAAGGGAUUGGAGGCUGAAAACCCAAUGAUUGGAAUCUUAUCAUUCGAAGUCUCAAGAUUGAUGUGUAAAGUAGCAAAUUUAUGGCACUGCCUAACUGACAGACACGUGUCAAGACUAAAAGAAGAACUCAGAUAUUCACUUGGCAUCCGUACACUUAUUUCGGAUGAUCAUUCUUACCUUAUUGAUCUUGCACUAUCAGAAAUCAUUGAUAACCUAAAGGGUGUAUCAAUCUCAGUGGCUAGGCUUGGAAAGAAGUGUGUGGACCCCAUGUAUCAUAAUCUUGACCAUGUUUUCCACAACCCAUUUGAGAUUAAUCUCAAAUGGUGUGGAUGGGAAUAUAGGUUGAAGAAAAUGGAGAAAAGGGUUAAGAAGAUGAAGAAAUUUGCUAAUGUUAUGUCACAGUUGCAUGAAGAACUUGAAACAUUGUCUGAUUUAGAAACCAGACUAAAAAAAAUGCAGUCAAACGGUGUCAACCAAAGUCAACUUCUUGAGUUCCACCAGAAGGUGAUGUGGCAACGUGAGGAAGUAAAUGGGUUACGUGACAUGUCACCAUGGGUUCGGACCUUUGACUAUAUUGUCCGACUAUUGCUUAGAUCUCUUUUCACAAUAGUCGAAAGGAUCAAGGUCGUUUUCGGAAUUACAACCGAAAUGGGAAGAGAUGGUUGUUUUGUUCGCAAGUAUUCCAUUUCUACCCUUGCAGGAGCUUCGGUCUACCCAUCUGAAACUUCUUCAAGUAGAUCCAUGUCAAAUCUUAGACAUACACCAAAUCCUCAAACUUGUUACUCUCCUAUCAUGUGUGCUAGAUACCCAUCAAUUAAAUCGGCUCAUAUUGGAUGCACGACGUCAAGAAGUAACCCUAAUUCCAUCAGGGUCAAAGGUAUUUUUCAAAAUGACGCUUUUGACCCUAUCAAGAAAGCUAAAAGAUUGUCGAAAGGUCAAGAACCGACCCUUGGUGACACUGCUUUAGCUUUACGUUAUGCAAAUAUUAUCAUAUUUAUUGAGAAUUUAGCGAUGUCUCCUCGUUAUUUGAGACCCGAUGCAAGAGAAGACUUGUAUGAUAUGUUGACCACAGGUAUCAAAAACUCAUUAAGACAAAAACUUUUUCUUUCCUCAAAAAAAAUUGAUCAUCGUGUUGCAUCAGAUUGGAGAUCAUCAUUGAAAAGGAUUCUUGAUUGGUUAUCUCCAGUUGCUCAUAACAUGAUAAAAUGGUAUUCUGAGAGAAAUUUUGAGAAGCAACCUAUGGGUUCAAAGGGACAAGUGCUUCUUGUUCAGACAUUACAUUAUGCAGAUCAAGCAACAAGUGAAAUUGCAAUUACAGAACUUCUUGUGGGGCUUCAUCAUGUUUGGAGGUUUAGUCAAGAAAUCAUUGACAAAUCAUUAAUGGGGUCUGCAUGAUGAGCAUAAAACCUGUUUACUCUCUUUUCUUCUUGUAGUUUGAUAGAUUUCUUUUUGUAGAAACAAAUGUGGGUAAUUACUCAUUAUAUCUCAUUAUUACCAUAGUAGCUCUUCUUGAAAGAGUAAGCUGGUAAGUUUGAGGAUAAAAUGGGUGGUUGCCAUGUACUUAUAAAUGCAGGUUUAUGUUAUUUUCCUUGUAAAUAAUGUUCAUAAUGUAAGAUAUUUGUGGUUUCUUGGGA